AUGGAGAUCGGCAACGCUAUUGACAUGAGUUUGGAUGACAUAAUCAAGCUUAACAAGAAAGCCAAGCAUCCCGUUGUUUCUAAGAGGGUAUCGGCUAAAAAGAGGCGUGGAAUUGUCGCAAAGAAGACGGCUGCUCUCCGCCCAUCUCUCUUAAAGAAUAUGAAGUCUCGGCAGACUUUGGCAGCUCAGGCGAUAUUUAAACGCGCAAAGCAGACUGCUGCCAUUGCUGCAAAAGUUGCUGCCGAUGCUGCAGCCUUGGUUUCGCCUUCCUACUCUGCACCCAAUACUGGUGUUACUCAAGCGAAUAAUCGGAGAAUGCUGGUUCAAAGACGAAUUAUGACCAAAAAACGAAUUUUAAUUCGCCAGAGGCAGCAGCAACAGCUUCGCAGAAGUCAAGAUCUCCGAAACCGUCUAAAUAACUUAACCCAGAGACAAAUUCAAAUACCCAUUCAACAACAAGCACGAUCUUUUAACCAAAGGAGAUCAUUUAAUCGUGGAAAUCGAAAUAACAAUAACGGAAAUUUGCCCCGAAUUCAACGUGUUAUCUCUAAUACUGCUGGUGGGAAUAGACAGUGGCAAAAUGCUACACAGGGAGUUAAUCGCUCCAGAUUCUCAAGAAGAGGUCAGUUGACUAGAACAGGAUCAAAUAACUCCAGGAUGUCAUCACUGCCUGCUUAUCAACAGUACAUUGAACAGGCUCGAGCUCUUAUUCGUGCCCAAAAAGAAAUGCGUAACACCCCCACCCCAACUAACGUCAAUAGAACCCGUCCCAAUCAAACUUACGCCAGAAAUAUCUUUGUGGAUGUACCGGUGAAGAAUAAUGGAGCAGGAGGGGACUUUCGCAGUGGCAAUCGUUUCGUUCGUGGUGGAAGAGGAGACCGUCGCUUUAGACGUUGA